AUACCGAAUGGGAUUAGGACACACUUCCUAUCACCCCACAGAUUCAAAUGUAAAUCAAAUGUCAGCAAGUCACCGACAUCCGCUUUGGGUUGCUUAAUGCUGUCCCGAUGUUUAUCCCAGCCCCUUUAGGAGUUUGCACGAGCAUCGGGAGUGCAGUGCAGGAGCUCUCUCCGAUCCGAAGCACUAGGCGCUGCUGAAACAAAUAUUCCGGAGUGGGAGCGGCAGUACAAUCUACCGAGAGGCUGCUUGCAGCGGCAGGGAACAAAGUGCUGGUCGUGUUGGCGAGAACCGUCCCGGAAAGGUUCAGAGGCUGCGGGUGAAAUUUGUACAUUGGCCCCGAAAUAGCCAGAUCCCCUUGCGGACCAGUGUAUAGGUUGGAAUGAAUCCUGAAAACUUCUCUUUAAGUGAACAGAUUGUCUCUCCUUCCUACAUUCGACAAGGUUCGCAGGCUCGUCGCACACAUGAGCACUUAAUUCGGCUGCUAAUAGAAAAGGGUAAAUGCCCAGAAGAUGGGUGGGAUGACAGUACCAUUGAGCUUUUUCUACAUGAACUGGCCAUUAUGGACAGCAAUAACUUCCUGGGUAAUUGUGGAGUUGGUGAGAGGGAAGGAAGAGUGGCCUCAGACCUUGUCGCUAGAAGACAUUAUAGGUUUAUGCAUGGAAUUGGAAGAUCAGGUGAUAUUGCAGCUAUUCAGCCCAAAGCAGCUGGAUCCAGUCUCCUGAACAAAAUUACAAACUCUGUAGUCCUGGACAUUCUUCGAGCAGCAGGUGUUCGAACUGUUUCUAGCUGCUUUGUUGUUCCAAUGGCAACAGGAAUGAGCCUGACUCUCUGCUUCCUCGCACUGCGCCACAGGAGGCCCAAAGCAAAGUUUAUCAUAUGGCCAAGAAUUGAUCAAAAAUCAUGCUUCAAGUCCAUGAUCACUGCUGGUUUUGAACCUGUGGUGAUUGAGAAUCUGCUUGAGGGCGAUGAAUUGCGCACAGAUCUGCGGACUGUUGAGAGCAAGAUCCAGCAGCUUGGAGCAAAAAAUAUCCUUUGUGUUCAUUCCACCACCUCCUGUUUUGCCCCAAGGGCUCCUGACAGACUGGAAGAACUGGCUCAGAUUUGUGCAAAAUAUGAUAUCCCUCACAUAGUCAAUAAUGCUUAUGGAGUUCAGUUGUCCAAGUGUAUGCACCUUAUUCAACAGGGGGCUCGAAUUGGCCGCAUAGAUGCUUUUGUGCAGAGCUCGGACAAAAACUUCCUGGUUCCAGUAGGUGGUGCUAUUGUAGCGGGUUUUGAUGAUGUCUUCAUAAAUGAAAUCAGCAAAAUGUAUCCAGGACGAGCGUCGGCAUCACCCUCAACUGAUGUUCUUAUUACGCUACUGUCACUUGGUGUGAACGGCUAUAAGCGUCUCUUAAAAGAAAGAAAGGAAAUGUUCACUUACCUUUCUACUGAAUUAAAGAAGUUGGCCGAAGCUCAUGGUGAAAGGCUUCUGGAGACUUCACACAACCCUAUAUCUUUAGCAAUGUCCUUGAAAAGAUUCCAUGAACACAAAGAUAAGGCUGUCACACAGCUUGGAUCUAUGCUUUUCACCAGACUAGUAUCUGGAGCCAGAGUUGUUCCUGUUGGCUCAGAGCAAAUUAUAAAUGGCUACACUUUCCAAGGAUUUAUGUCACACACUAAUCGCUAUCCAUGCCCUUAUCUGAAUGCUGCUUCAGCAAUUGGAAUGAAAAGACAAGAUGUGGAUCUUUUUAUUAAGAAACUGGACAAAUGCCUCAAGACCCUAUUGAAAGAGAUAGGCAUUUCAGGAGCUGAAGAGGACAUUGAAAAAGAAAUGUCAGCAAAUAUUGAAGAUGAUGAUACAGCAGAAUUGAUAGAAAAUGUUCAAAUUGGUCUCAAAAUUUCGACAGAUGUGGUAAAUCAUCCUGUUUGAUACCCCUUUAAUUGGCCAAGUGCUCCCUACUCAAUCCAGGGGUGAAUUUGCAGAAGUGCCUGACACAAAAAAUAACAAAAAAUUUACAUUAUUCCCACUCCUUAAAUUUUUGUUUUCUUCUUCUUUGGCAUGAAUAGUUGUUGAUCAGCUUAACAGUGAAUUAUGUUAUGAUAAGGAGUAAUUUCUGAGGCGUGAGAAACUGUUUUCUGAGUGAUAAAAUCAAUAAAAUGAUCAUUGGGGGAAGGGAGAUAAAGUUAAAUUGGGCUAAUGGGAUCCUUAAGAAAAUAACUGAAAAUUACCUCGAUAAACAUUUUGAUAAUAAGGUAUUUCAUUUGGCAUUGCAAUGUUUUCUAUGUUACAAGCUGUUACAAUAAAUAUAUGAGAAAAUGAAACUUGUAAAUAAUAUUUUGCAAAAGGAUGGAUGGGAAUUACCUGUUUUAUUCUGCUGGUAAGGUGAGAGUUGGAAGUAAUGUAUGAUUGCCUUGUGCCUGAGGAAUUACUUUGUAGCCCAGCAUUACUCUAAUA